UCUUCCUUGGGUUGCCACGUUUGCUUUCGAAACCUGUGCGAUGUUUGAGCUGACACGGAAGAUCCGCAGCCCCGGUGAGGAAAACUGUUAUAAAUACCCCCGGCGUCGAUCCCAUCGGCUUAGACGAAUGCAGCGAGAGGGCAGAUCUAGAGGUUGCUGCUCUAUCUUUACCAACCGCGACGUCCUUCUUUUGCUGUUCAAGUGGUGUACCUACUUGUCUUGGAGAUUAAAGAGCAGCGUUUGAUUAGUGAAGGGGGGUGAGAUAAUGGAUAGAACACCUACAGCUGCUUUAUUGCGAGACCGAAAGAUUUCCGAGGAGGUUGCCAAGCCGAUGACAGUCUACAUAUGGGACAUGGAUGAGACACUUAUCUUGUUGAAGUCUUUGUUGGAUGGUACAUAUGCUGGGGCCUUUAACGGUUUGAAGGAUAGAAGAAAGGGAAUAGAGAUUGGGAAGCUCUGGGAGAAUCACAUACUACAAGUCUGUGAUGACCAUUUCUACUACGAAGAGAUUGAGGACUAUAAUGAACCAUUUCUUGAUGCUUUGAGUGAAUAUGAUGAUGGACGAGACCUGUCAAAAUAUAAUUUCAAUGAUGGAUUUGGUUUUCCUUAUGAUGACUGGAAUAAAAGAAAACUUGCUUAUCGACAUCGCUCCAUUGCUGAGAAGUACUCACAGGGUUUAUGUAAGAUACUUGACCAACAGACAGUUAAACUCUGGAAUGAUCUAUACAGUUUGACUGAUAGCUACACGGAUGGAUGGCUUUCCUCGGGACAUGCCCUAUUAGAGCAAACUUUAGGUAAAACUAGCCUUCCAUCAAAUUACCUUCUUUCAUCUGACCCAACAACCAGAUCCGUUACUUCCAAAUAUCAGAAUAUUAAUGUCUUAGUUACUUCGGGGUCCCUGAUUCCUAGUCUUGCCAAGUGCUUGCUUUAUCGGUUGGAUGAUGUGAUCGCAGCUAAUAAUGUUUACAGCUCAUGGGAAGUAGGGAAGCUUAGGUGCUUCUCAUGGAUCAAGGAACGGUUUGGUGGCCCAAAUGUCCGGUUCUGUGUAAUUGGAGACGGAACAGAAGAAUGCGAAGCUGCGCAAGCAAUGCGAUGGCCGUUCAUUAAAAUAGAUCUGCGACCAAGUAGUCCUUGUCGCUUUCCAGGUCUAACUAUGAAAGUGGUUCAGAGUUAUACUGAUGUGAUGUAUGGAUCUCCAGAUGUUGAAGUCGAAGAAACAGAAGAGUUCUGAGACCUGCAUCUGCUUAACCAGUCCCUGUAUACUUGAAACAAUCUCUUAGACUCUCCUACACAAUUCACAAGGUCUUUCCUGGAGAAGAGCUUUUGCAGCAUGGUAAAAUUAUCUAAUCAUGGAAACAGACCUCGCUGCUUAACUUACAAGAUCAAGGCUUUCCAUAUCUUAUUUUUAAGUGGAGCCUCAUGCACUGAGCUGCUCUUUUUUAUAAGCUCUUCCUGGUACAUUAGGCAUGCUAUAGUCUAAUGCAAGAGUUGUAAGUUAUGAUCCUUCAUGUACAUAACCAUGCUUCAAUGAUCUUAAUGUGCCUUUGUACAUAGUAUUUUCCUUUA